CUCAAGCCUUCAGCCCCAAGACACCAGACUUCGGAUCUUCCUGCUAGCACGGUCAAAUCACAGCUUCAACAAACCCUUCUCUCUACCCGACAUCCACUUUACACCAAUAGCCCAUCAUGAAGCUUUCAGUUGCUGCCGCCCUUUCUCUCGCCGCCAGCGAGGCCUCGGCCCACUACAUCUUCCAGCAAGUCGGCGCCGGGACCUCGGUCAACCCGGUUUGGAAGUACAUCCGCAAGCACACCAACUACAACUCGCCCGUGACCGACUUGACUUCCAAAGACCUUGUGUGCAACGUCGGCGCCAGCGCUGAGGGCGUCGAAACCCUCUCCGUUGCUGCCGGCUCCCAGGUCACCUUCAAGACCGACACGGCCGUCUACCACCAGGGUCCCACUUCCGUCUACCUCUCCAAGGCCGACGGGUCCCUUUCCGACUAUGAUGGCUCGGGCGGUUGGUUCAAGAUCAAGGACUGGGGCGCUACCUUCCCCGGUGGUGAAUGGACUUUGUCGGACACUUACACUUUCACGAUCCCUUCGUGUAUUCCCUCGGGUGACUACCUUUUGCGUAUUCAGCAGAUUGGUAUCCACAACCCCUGGCCCGCAGGUGUUCCCCAGUUCUACCUCUCCUGCGCUCACAUUUCCGUGACGGGCGGUGGUAGCGCCUCCCCCGCCACUGUCUCCAUCCCUGGAGCCUUCAAGGAGACCGAUCCCGGCUACACCGUCAACAUCUACUCCAACUUCAACAACUACACCGUCCCCGGCCCCGAGGUAUUCACCUGCAGCGGUUCUGGCAGCGGUUCCGGCUCCGGCUCCGGCUCCGGCUCUACCCCCCCAUCCCAGCCGACCACUUCUACUACCCUCCCGACUUCUUCGACCGUUGUCGCGACCACCCUCAAGACUUCGACUGUCGUCGCCACGACCAAGAGCAGCAGCAGCACCACUUCGUCAGCCUCCUCCUCAGGCAGCCAGCCCACCAGCCCUUCUGGCUGCACGGUGGCCAAGUACGGACAGUGCGGUGGCAUUGGAUACAGCGGGUGCACGAGCUGCGCUAGCGGGUCGACCUGCAAGGUUGGCAAUGACUAUUACUCGCAGUGCUUGUAAGGGUGUCCCCCCUUAUGAGAAGGGAAGAGGAAUAAAGGGGAGGGAGUGAGGAGCGUGGAUUGAGAAGAGGAUGAUGGACUGCAUGGGAAAGGGAAAACUUAAUCUUCUUGUGAAUAACUUCAACCGGGGCAUUCACACUUUUGGUCGGUGAUCGCUCACUCGGCUGGGAGUGAAAGGCCUACGAUAUCUGUAUAUAGUUUGUUCUACUUCUUCACUUGGCCGUUGGUGGAAGUGCUGGUGCCAGCAUGAGGCCACGG